GCGAGGGACCACUCGCCCACCUCCGGUAUAAACCGGAAGUCAUGGACGAUUCAAACCUGUCUUGGUGAAUUCGGGAUGGAAGUUAGACUGGUCUGGGAGGAGUGGUGUCCUGGACCGCGCAAGAGUGGUCUGGCCUUCGUGGAACUGACAUAUGUCUUUUGUGCGAAUGCGGGGAUGUGGGACUGUCUGGAAGGAGACUGCGGGGAAGUGUGAAACGGGACGCAUGGUGGGCGGGGCAUGUGCCUCCCGGCUUGCUUUCAAGUCCCAGCAGCUUGUGAGGAACCAUUGUGUGUAUUGGAAUGAGUGAAACACGUCGAAGUGGUUGAGGCGAUACCCUUUCACCCACAGAUUCUUGAUCUCAGGUGGCAAACUCAAGAAUCCAGAGACAGUGUGCAGGCAGCGGAAGUAUUUCUUGCUUGACCUUUCUGGAGGAGACAGAGCUCAGGACCCUUCUAGAAGCAACCCCUACUUAGAUGAAGACUUUGAAGCACAAAGGGAACAAGUCAUCACCAGGAAGUGGAAGAGGCAGGAUUCAGAAUCAGCAGAUUACUCCAGCAUCCCCUCCUUUCUUGCUGUCAUGAAAUCCCCUCAGGGCCUAUAUAAGGCUCCCUGCAGGGAGGAGGAGGAAAGAGAGAAGGCCGCCUCCUUCUCUUCCCCCGACGUCCCACCUCCUACCCCCAGCUUCCGCAUCUGCGCAGCCGCAGUCCUUACAGCUCCAGCUCUGCAGUGCCUGCAAGGGUCUGAUUGGGGAGGUCCUUAGGCUUUGAAUCCUGUAACUGAGGAACCCCACAGGACACUGGAACAGGAGAAGUUUAAAAAAAAAAAAAAAGCCUGCCUUGGAAGCCACGCCUCCUCCUGAGGAGAUGCAGAGCCUCAGGACCGAGCAGUCACAGGGACUACUGCCUCGGGACAGCAGGGCCUGGGAGAAGCCAUGCCAUUCCACCUUCCCCAAGGACUGGGAGGCUGUGGAGGUUGGGACCUCCAGCUGUGACAGUGAUGAGAAAGAUUUGUCUUCCCAAGACACUGGGCUGUCUCAGGACUGGAGCUCAGUUGAAGAAGAUGAUGAGUCAGAGGACUCCCAGGGCUUUGUGGAGUGGUCCAAGGCUCCACAGCAAACAACCAUCGUGUUGGUAGUGUGUGUGCUGUUCUUGUUCUUGGUUUUAACUGGGAUGCCCAUGAUGCUUCACAUUUAACCACCACGGCAGCCACUGUAUGGAAACAUGAGCCCUGGGUCACAUUAAGAAACUGUCUUGGCUAGAAACCGAGAAUGGAUACUGAGCAUUAAGAAAUGCCUUUCACACAUCCAUUGAGAUGAGUUUAUAAGUAUUUGUAAUUUAUUUAUUUGAAAGAUUUAUUUUUAAUUAUGUACAUGUGUGUGUCUCUCUGCGUGUAUAUGUGCUAUUGUGAGUGCAGUGCCUACAGAAGCCAGCAGAGGGAGUUUGAGCCUCUGAAGCUAAAGUUGUAGGCCAUUGUGAGCUGCCUUAAUGGGUGCUGGGAACAGAGCCCUGGUUCUCUGCCAGAGCAGUAAGUACCCUUAACUGCUGAGCUGUGUCUGUAGCUUCAUGAGUUUGUUUUUCCCCAUAAAAUGUUUUAUGAUGAGGUUUCUGUAUUACUAAAAUGUAUUUAAAUUAAUACAUACUUGAUUAUAAAAACACAUUAUUUUGUACACUAUUGAGAAGUUUUGAAUACUACUGAGAAAGAAAAAAUGUGAAUUAAUUGUAAGACAUUAUGAAUUGGAAGACAUCUCUUCAGAGAAGCGAAAAAAUGUGUAACUUAGGAUCAGUGUUGAACCAUCUCUGUCUUUUAUAAAAUUGUCAUUGUAUAGUUUAACAUUUUGCUUGCCUGUGUGUCUAUGUACCAUGUAUGCACCUGGUCCCCGUGGAGGCCAGAAGAGAGUGUUGGAUCUCUUAAAACUGGAGUUACAGAGGGUUGUGGGCCACUUUGUGGGUGCUAGGAGCUGAACCUGGAUCCUUUGGAAGAGCAACCAGUACUCUUAAGUGUGGAACCAUCUUCCCAGCCCCAUUACCAUAGCAUCUUCAGUGUGUACAGUCUUUCCAUAUAGACUUCCUUUUCUUGCUAUUUUAUAUAAGGACACUUGCCUCUAUCUUGAUGUGUUUAGUUGGUGCUAUUUUUGUGAAGUUUUAGUGUCAUGGCUUAACUUGACAUCUUUGAGAGAGCUGAGUAAUUUUUUAUGCUUUUGAAAAAUUUCUGUAGCUUGAGAAAUAUCAGGCCUUUGGCAGCUUAAGAGUUUAUUGUGGCUGGAGAGAUGGCUUCCUGGUUUAGGGUGCGUAUCACCCUUCCAGUUUGCUUCUUGGCAACCUUAUCAGGCAGCUCACAACCACCUGUAACUCCAGCCCCAGGGGCUCGGAGUUCUCCUGCUGACCUCUGGGGGCAAGGCAUGCAUCUGCACAUACCCACCUGUAACUCCAGCUCCAGGGGCUCGGAGUUCCCCUGCUGACCUCCGGGGGCAAGGCAUGCAUAUGCACAUACCCACCCAUAUUCCCCUCCUACACACACAUAAUUAAAAAAUAAAUCUUAAAUUUUUAAAAAGAAUUCACUAGUAAUCAAUUCUGAGAUUUGUGAGAGGGAAAUCUCAGAUGAUGUUUGGAAAGCAGUUUGAAUUAUCAUAAGCCGUUACUAUGAUAAUUCUAUCUUGGUAGCUUAUGAAUACUUUUUUACUUCUUGGAUUCAUUUUGAUGAUUUAUAAUAGUCUUUUAUCCUCUAGAGAGUUCUUCAUUCUGUAGGUCUUUUGAGAUUAUAAGCUUAAUUAUGAACACUAUUUUUAUAAUUAAACAAAAAAGAUUCUCUGCCUUUUUUUCCCAUCACUGUUUUCCUUAACUUGCCAUUGUGGCUUUCUCAUUAUUUAUUUGCUUUUACCAAACACUUAUCUGGCUUCUGUUAUUAUAUUUCCAAAGAACUCGGGUUUGGCUUUAUUUAUAUUUAUUUAUGAUUUAUAAAAUUAUAAAUAUUUAUAUUUAUUAUUUCUUUCAUUAUUUUUAAUAUGUUAAAUUAUAGAAUAUACACACUGUGCUUAGUUCUGACUACUUUUAUUUCUUGUUUAACUUUUAAGCAGCAUACUUAGUUUACAUUCUCUCUAUAUUUGCAAUAACAUACUUAAUAAUAGAAAGAUCCUUCCGGAUAUAACAUGUCUUAACAUUAUACAAUUUACAUCCUUGCUUAUCUUGACAUUUUUUUUUUUUUGUAGCAGUCCUAGUAAAUGCUUCAAUGUCCAGUGGUUUAGUUUGUUUUCUGUCUAAAAACCCUUUUGCAGAGCAGGGGUGCUAGGGAGAUGGCUCCGUUGGUAAGAGCACUUGCUCUGCAAACAUGGGGACCUGAGUUUGAAUCCCUGGAAUCCACAUAACACACAGCUGUCUGUGCUGUAAUCUCAGCGCGGGGAGGUGGGGUUGGGUGGAGGCAGUGGCCAGGACUCACUGUUCAGCCAGCCUCAACAAAAAGGCAAGGUUCUUGUUCAGUGAGAGACCCUGUCCCUAGGCAAUAGGGUGGAAAGCAACAGAGGAAGACAUCCCAUGCCUUGCUUUGAUUUCCACAAGCACAUGCAUACUCACAUGUGUGCAACCAACCCACCCUCACCCACGCACCUGCCCCCUACACGCAAAAGGAAAUGGAGUCGUCUAAUUUUUCUGUUCUGCGGAUGUAACCUAUAAUAUAUUUGCUUCCAAAAUGUUUUCGGACCAAGAACUAUGACCAAGAACGUGCCCAGACAUUAUAACUAGUUGAUGGAUGUUUGAGAUGAAUAUCUGCUCUUUGUAGACUGGAGAACCAUGUAUAUCUGUCAGCUCGGCCUCAUCGGUGAUGCAGCUCAGCUUGAUGGAUGUUUGAGAUGGAUACCUGCUCUUUGUAGACUGGAGAACCAUGUAUAUCUGUCAGCUCGGCCUCAUCGGUGAUGCAGCUCAGCUUCACCUGCUACUUGGCUUUGGACUGCUGCAUCUGUUCAUUUAACUCAUCAGUGUACUUUUAUAAUAUUUAGUUUAUGUACACAAUAAUUACAUAAUUCAAUCCUAACAAAUCCAGAGAGCUGUUGUAACUUGCUGAUUAAAUGACUUAUGUAAAACACCACGCACAUCAGGCAUAUAAUAAUCACUCAAUAAAUGCCAGUUUAAACCAGA